AUGAAGGAAGUCUGGGACUGGACCUGCAAUAACUUCGAGGAUGCAGACAAAAUGUCCUCUCCUCUCCAGGGAGCUACCAUGAAAUUCCUAGCUGAGCACCAGCGGGCUAAGAGAAUUCUCGAGAUUGGCUGCUACACUGGCUACAGCGCCUUGGCUUGGUAUGAGGCAACCGCCUCCACCCAAGCUGAGAUCAUCACCCUCGAGCUUGACCCCAAGAUGAUUGCUGCCUCUCGCCGUACUUUCAACCAGUACGGCCUCAACGAUAGAGUCAAGCUUAUUGAGGGUCCAGCUCAACAAUCGAUCGAAACGUUGUCCGGUAUCUUUGACAUCAUUUUCGUCGACGCCAACAAGGACGGUUACGAGACGUAUAUCAAACAAAUCCUCGACAAGAAACUGUUGGCUCCCACCGGGUUUAUCAUGUGCGAUAAUGUCUUUGCCCGUGGCAUGACCAUCUCCACGGAGUCUAACCCUACUCUGCCCGAGAAGGUCAGGCCUUACUGGACGGAGUGCGGAAAGGCUUUGCACAAGAUGAACAAGUUCUGCAAAACUGAUCCUCGAAUUGAUACGGUCUUAUUGCCUCUGUACGACGGCAUUACCCUGAUCAAGUGGAAGCAAAGCGUUCUUCCAUUGAAUUGA